AUGUGGGGUGUUGAGACUGUAGGAACUGUAUAUGGAGUCCUAACCGUCCUGAUAAAUGGAUAUGAAUUUGUCGUCACAAAAAGGUUCAUUUACCCUGUUUGGGAAGUUGUCACCCUUCGUCCUCUCCGCAGGAAUUACUCCAGUCUCAGCCAGAAAUUUGGUGUGCUGCAGGCACUAGUUCUCAUAACAAUAUUUCCGGACGCUAGGCAAAUUGUGGACGGAAUUGAAAAGUAUGUUCUCAGUGCCAAAACAGACGAGCCGCUGGUUUUGCGGAAAUCAACGUCGGAGGAUUGCACAAUGCUAGCUGUUGCUGCAGCCAUUGUAGCGCAGGUUGCAAUUACAGCCCUAGCACUUACAGACCUUGACCAGGUUCAUUGGACUGCAGAAGCAGCAUUCGUGCUCAGCUUGAUAGCUGGAGGCCUAUCUGUGUUUUAUUCUUGCUUAGUACAACAAAGAAUGAGUGGCCUUUUUACUCCCGACGAUGUCAAAGACUUCUUCAGCAAGCCUAGCAGUUCUCAACGACUUCAUAACCUGCAGCAAGACAUGGAUGAUUUGAUAUCAGAUAUACGGAAGAAUGAUAUCGGCGAUGAAUCGACUGUGAGACACCAAGGAAUGAAAGAGCUUGAGUCAAUGAUAAAGGAGUUUAAGAGCAAAAAUCGAUGGAAGUCUGCUUCCUUCCAUUCUAUAUUGAUGAUUAAGGCACCUACCCUUCUUUUGAGAUAUGCACUAGCGUCAUUUAUCAUUGGAAUUGGUAUCUACUUUGGGUGUUUGGCGUUUAGCGACAUAGGCUCUGAAAUGCCUCGAAAUUCCUACCGUGCAAUCUUCAUUGUCUAUAUUGUGACCAGCUUUCUUGGCCUUCUGAUCUAUUACGUGCCCUAUAUAUUAAAGGAAUUAGAGUUGUCGCCAGCACGCCGCCACGCACAGAUUAUGAACAACAAAUUCACGAAACUAGACCCGGAAGAGACGGAGCUUCUAAAUCGCAUCGGAGCUCUCCUGAAUUCAGACGAGCAGGAGAUUCACGAAGAAGGCGAGUCUGAUGACGUUAUACCCUGA